AUGCAGCCGCCGUUCGGCCGUAUGGGUGGUCGGCUCGAGCAGCGACAUGAGGGACUCAUCACAACCCGCAUGCUGGCGGCAUCCUUCCCCCGACGCGACAUCGUUUCGUCCGUCAGCGAAACCAUCCACGAGGUGGCACACGCCAUUACUGUCGUUGGCGGGCAGAAACGGUGGGUGGCCUUUCCCGAGACCACGGACGCGAAGGAGCGAGCAAAGGCGGCGUUCGCUCGGCUCGGGCGGAUUCCUGGUGUUCUCGGGUGCGUCGAUGGCACCCUCAUCGCCAUCCAAAAGACCCAUGGCCUGAGCCCCGCGGACACGGCGAACUACAUGUCGCGGAAGGGGUUCUACGCAUUGAACACCAUGAUCACAUGUGAUGCCGACCUCUGGAUUCUGGAUGUAAAUCCAUGUUUCCCGGGGUCAUGCCAUGACUGGUGGGUAUGGCGGAGGAGCCCUCUCCGUCGGGACCUGGAAGCCGAACUGCGGCCUGGUGAAUGCUUGCUUGGAGACUCUGGCUAUCCAUUAGAACCGUGGCUCCUGACACCAGUGCCCGGACGACCAGCUAGUGGCACCCCUGAGAGCGACUACAACAAGGCCCACACCGCCAUGCGCAAUGUUGUGGAGAGGUGCAUCGGGGUCCUAAAGAGCAGGCUCCGCUGCUUGCAGCGUCACUGGGCCCUGCUCUACAACCCCGAUCGAGCAGCCACCAUCAUUGCUGCUUGCGCAGCUCUCCACAGUAUUGCACUAGCGGCACGUGAGCCUGCUCUCGAAGGGGACGACGACGACCCCGACGACGAUGACGACAGCGACAACACUGAGGUGCCCCCAUCACUAGCUGAGCUACCACCACAACGGGUGCAAGCCCCACAGCAGGUUCACCUGAGGGGCCAGCAGCAGCGCAACCGCGUGGUUAACCUGUUCAGAGGACCACGGGGCUCGCAUGCUGAGCACCUGCGCCAUUGA